AUGUCUCAAGGUACUUUAUACGUCGGUGAAUCCUCCAGAGGUUUGUUACUCAAAGGUUUAAUCAAACACUACAAAUUGGACAUCAAUGUCACUGACAGAGAUGCUACCUACCAAAAACUUUUCCCAUUAGGUAAAGUUCCAGCUUUUGUUGGUCCAAAAGGUUACAAAUUAACUGAAGUUAUUGCUAUUGUCUUAUACGUUAUCUCCUUAGGUGAUGAAAAAUCCCCAUUAUUAGGUAAAAACAACAGAGAAUAUGCUCAAAUCAUCAGAUGGUUAUCAUUAGCCAACUCUGAAUGGUUACCUGCUAUUGGUUCAGCUUUCGGUCCAUUAAUCGGUAGAGUUCCAUACAACAAGAAACAAGUUACUGAUUCAAGUGCUGCUGCUGACAAAGUUGCUAGCGUUUUCGAAGCUAGAUUAGCUGAAUUCACUUAUUUAGUGGGUGAACGUAUCACUUUAGCUGAUUUAUUCGCUGCUUCUUUAGCUACUCGUGGUUUCAACUACUUGUGGGGUAAAGAAUGGAGAGCUAAAUAUCCAAACGUUGUCAGAUGGUUCACCACCGUUACUGCUCACCCAAUCUUGGCUGAUCAAUACAAAAACUUUGAAUUCAGAGAUGCUCCAGUUGAAUUCACUCCACCAAAAAAGGAAAAGAAAGAACAAGCUCCAAAAGCUGCUGCUCCAAAAGCUGCUCCAAAACCAGCUGCUGAAGCCCCAGCUGAACCAGCUCCAAAACCAAAACAUCCAUUAGAAUUAUUAGGUAAAUCUACCAACUUCAACUUGGAUGAAUGGAAAAGAUUCUACUCUAACGAAGAAACUAGAGAAACUGCUUUACCAUGGUUCUGGGAACAUUAUGAUCCAUCUGAAUGGUCAUUAUGGAGAGUUGAUUACAAAUAUAACGAUGAAUUAACUUUAACCUUCAUGUCAAACAACUUGUUAGGUGGUUUCUUCAACCGUUUAUCAGCUUCAACCAAAUACUUGUUUGGUUCAGGUGUCGUCUAUGGUGAAAACAACAACAAUGGUAUUGUUGGUGUCUUUUUAGUUAGAGGUCAAGAACAUGAACCAGCUUUCAAUGUUGCUCCAGAUUGGGAAUCAUACUCAUUCGCUAAAUUAGACCCAUCAAAACCAGAAGAUAAAACUUUUGUUGAUGAUGUCUUUGCUUGGGAUAAACCAUUAACCAUCAACGGUGAAACUAGAGAAGUUGCUGAUGGUAAAGUUUUCAAAUAA